AAGCGAUUUAGAAUUCUUAGUGGUCCUCUCUUUAGGAGGACAUUUCUAGGGACUAAUACAAGAAGAUUCAGAAGUCAUAAGACUGGAAUGGACAAAUUCAAAAUGGUUCCACAUGAAAACUCUGGAUCUCCUGACUUCAGAAGAUGUUUCGUCCACGUGAGUCCCUUCAUUAUUGCUGUGAUCUCAGUUCUUAGUGCCUCUCUGAUCACUGGUUCUCCUGGAGGAACAAACAAGGAGCUGAGAUUAACAGAUGGUGAAAACAAAUGCAGUGGGAGAGUGGAGGUGAAAGUCCAGGAAGAGUGGGGAACUGUGUGUAACAAUGGCUGGGACAUGGAUGAGGUCUCUGUGAUCUGUAGGCAACUUGGAUGCCCAACUGCUAUCAAAGCCACUGGUUGGACUAAUUCCAGUGCAGGCUCUGGACGCAUUUGGAUGGAUCAUGUUAUUUGUAGAGGGAAUGAAUCAACUCUCUGGGACUGCAAACAUGAUGGAUGGGGAAAACAUAACUGCACUCACCAACAGGAUGCUGGAGUAACCUGCUCAGAUGGAUCUGAUUUGGAGAUGAGGCUGAUGAAUGGAGGAAACCGGUGUUCAGGAAGAAUAGAAGUCAAAUUCCAAGGACAGUGGGGAACAGUGUGUGAUGAUAACUUCAACACAGAUCAUGCUUCUGUGGUUUGUAAACAACUUGAAUGUGGAAGUGCAAUCAGUUACUCUGGUUCAGCUAAUUUUGGAGAAGGUUCUGGGCCAAUCUGGUUUGAUGAUCUUGUAUGCAAUGGAAAUGAGUCAGCUCUCUGGAACUGCAAACACCAAGGAUGGGGAAAGCAUAAUUGUGAUCAUGCUGAGGAUGCUGGAGUGAUUUGCUUAGAUGGAACAGAUCUGGGCCUGAGAGUGGUAGAUGGAGUCAAUCAAUGUUCAGGAAGAUUAGAAGUGAAAUUCCAAGGAGAAUGGGGGACCGUGUGUGAUGAUGCCUGGGAUAGCAAUGAUGCUGCUGUGGCAUGCGCGCAACUUGGAUGCCCAACUGCCGUCACUGCUAUUGGUCGAGUUAAUGCCAGUGAGGGAACUGGACACAUUUGGCUUGACAGUGUUUCCUGCCUUGGACACGAAUCUGCUAUUUGGCAGUGUAGACAUCACGAAUGGGGAAGGCAUUAUUGCAAUCAUAAUGAAGAUGCUGGUGUCACAUGUUCUGAUGGAUCAGAUCUGGAUCUGAGACUUGUAGGAGGAGGCAGCCGCUGUGCUGGGAUGGUAGAGGUGGAAAUUCAGAAACUAGUAGGGAAAGUGUGUGACAGAUUCUGGGGAAUGAAAGAAUCUGAUGUGGUUUGCAGACAGCUGGGAUGUGGAUCUGCACUCAAAACAUCCUACCAAGUAUAUUCCAAAAUUAAGCCAUCAAACAUGUGGCUGUUUGUAAGCAGCUGUAAGGGAAAUGAAACUUCUCUUUGGAACUGCAAGAAUUGGCAAUGGGGUGGACUUUCCUGUGAUCAUUAUGAAGAAGCCAAAGUUACCUGCUCAGCCCACAGGGAACCCAGACUGGUUGGAGGAGAUAUCCCCUGCUCUGGUCGUGUGGAAGUAAAACAUGGUGACACGUGGGGCUCUGUCUGUGACUCCGACUUCUCUCUGGAAGCUGCCAAUGUGCUGUGCAGAGAGUUACAAUGUGGCACAGUUAUCUCCAUUCUAGGGGGAGCUUACUUUGGACAAGGAAAUGGACAGAUCUGGACUGAAGAAUUCCUGUGUGAGGGGCAUGAGUCCCAUCUUUCACUCUGCCCAGUAGCACCCCGCCCAGAUGGGAUUUGUAGCCACAGCAGAGAUGUUGGAGUAGUCUGCUCAAGAUACACAGAAAUCCGCUUGGUGAAUGGCAAAUCCCAAUGUGAAGGAAGAGUGGAACUCAAGGUUCUAGACACCUGGGGAUCCCUCUGCAACUCUCACUGGGACAUGGAGGAUGCCCACGUUUUGUGCCAGCAGCUUAAAUGUGGAGUUGCUCUUCGUAUACCAGAAGGAGCACAUUUUGGGAAAGGAAAUGGUCAAGUCUGGAGGCACAUGUUUCAUUGCAGUGGAACGGAGCAACACAUGGGAGAUUGCCCUGUAACUGCCUUGGGUGCAUCUCUGUGUUCAUCAGGGCAAGUAGCCUCUGUCAUUUGUUCAGGAAACCAGAGUCAGACACUAUCUCCAUGUAAUUCAUCAUCUUUCGACCCAACAAGCUUUACCAUUUCAGAAGAAAGUGAUGUUGCCUGUAUAGCAAGUGGUCAACUUCGCCUAGUAAAUGGAGGUGGUCGCUGUGCUGGGAGAAUAGAGGUCUAUCAUGAGGGCUCCUGGGGGACUAUCUGUGAUGACAACUGGGGCCUGAGAGAUGCCCAUGUGGUGUGCAGACAGCUGGGCUGUGGAGAGGCUAUUAAUGCCACUGGUUCUGCUUAUUUUGGGGAAGGAACAGGGCCCAUCCUGCUGGACGAGGUAAACUGUAAUGGAAAAGAAGCUCGUAUUUGGCAAUGCCCUUCACAUGGCUGGGGACGGCACAAUUGCAGGCAUAAAGAAGAUGCAGGAGUUAUUUGCUCAGAGUUCAUGUCUCUGAGACUGACCAGUGAAACCAGCACAGAGACCUGUGAGGGACGUCUGGAACUCUUUUACAAUGGAGCUUGGGGCAGCAUUGGCAAGAAUAACAUGUCUUCAACCACCGUGGGGGUGAUAUGCAGACAGAUGGGCUGUGCAGACAAAGGGAACAUCAUCCCUGCAUCUGUAGCCAAAACAACAUCCAGCCACAUGUGGGUGGACAAUGUUCAGUGUCCAAAAGGACCUGACAAAUUAUGGAAGUGCCCAUCAUCGCCAUGGCAGCGGAGACUGGCAAGCCCCUCAGAGGAGACCUGGAUCACAUGUGCCAACAAGAUAAGACUUCAAGAAGGAAACACUACUUGCUCUGGACGUGUGGAGGUCUGGCACGGAGGUUCCUGGGGAACAGUGUGUGACGACUCCUGGGACCUUAACAAUGCGCAGGUGGUGUGUCGACAACUGGGUUGUGGCUCAGCUUUGAAGGCACUAAAAGAGGCAGCGUUUGGUCAAGGGACUGGGCCCAUAUGGCUCAAUGAAGUGAAGUGCAAAGGAGAUGAAUCUUCCUUGUGGGAUUGUCUUGCCAAACCCUGGGGGCACAGUGACUGUGGACACAAAGAAGAUGCUGCUGUGAUAUGCUCAGGCGGAGAACCACCAAAAGCUUCAGGUCACACGCUCCUUGUUGCAUUUGGAGUCCUUGGGGUCAUUGUGAUGACUGGUCUCAUCGUGUUCCUCUUGUGGACUAAGAAGCGAAGACAGCUACAGCAACUUACAGGAUGUCUCGCAUCAGUUUCUUUGAGAGGAGAGAAUUUUUUCCAUGGAGUUCAAUACCGGGAGAUGAAUUCUGGCCUAAAAGCAGAUGAUCGGGACCAGCUGAACUCCCCAGAAAAUUUCAAUGAGUCAGAUGGUGUUAAUGCAGAUGGACUAAUUUCCACAUCCAAAUCUCUUCCUAUUUCAGGAAGAGAUUUAGGGGACCAUUCUGAAGUACACUGAAAAAGGAAAUAAGAAUCAUAACCCAGUGAGCCUUUAAGAUACCUGAUGAAGACCUAGACUAUUGAAUGGAGCAAGAAUUCACCUGGUUCACUGAAGUUCACAAUACAGUCCUUUUUCUCCGAGUACUCCAAAGACUGCUGCUGAAUUAUAAAAAUUAAAUUGAUGAAUGUGACUGCUAAAAUUGUAUAUAAGACUUUCAG